AGAUUCCACAACCCAAACUAGCGUCAACAAAAUAUCGGUUAGGGUAAGUGUAGAGACCUUAAAUUCACACCGAACUCUAGAUAACUCUGUUUGUGUCAAAAUUGAGACUGAUGAAUUUUAUAAUAUGGCUGCUGGUUUUUAUACUGCGUGUGCCAAGUUAGAACAGGUUCAAGGGGACGAGAUACAUCCAAAUUGCAACAAACAGGAUGGCUUCAAUUUAAAACAUGAACAAACAGGAUGUUUACGAAUGGAUCAAGAUAACACAUUACAAGCUGGCUUUACCUCUGAAUGUGUUCAAUCAGAACAGACGGAAUGUAAAGUUAUGCAUGUUCAGACUGCCCCUUCAAGUCGUUCAGGAAGUGUUUCUCUACUUCAGAAUAUGAUGACUGUGAAUUCUGCAGAUCAGCAUCUGCCUAUCGCAAGCAAUUCAUCUCUGCAUGCAAAUGAGCUUGCAUGCUCUUCAAAUGUGGAAACGAUGCCAACUUACCAACUGAGUCCAUCAGAUGCUUCAAAAGAAGCUGAUGACCGACUUUUGUUGCAAAGCUGGUAUGCCCUGCCUUCAGAGAAUCAUAAUGAUCAUUCAAUAGAUGGAAGUGUUUUCGAUGUUAAACCAGUUCUCUACACUCUUGACACAUACACUUUGCAUGGAAAUGGAGAGCAUGGUUGUAUAUUUAGCCUCGGUUCGAGUAUUGCGCCAUCUGUUGUAUCCCCUUCGGUGCCUCCAGAAGCCAGCCUACCUACUGAACCUGCCCAGGAAGGUUAUGUUCCUCUGCCAAGCUCUUCCUCUCAAAGUACACAGCUCCAAUACUUACAGCAACAGCAGCUAAAACUGGUAACCACAGUAAAGACCCCACAAUGUGAAGCCAUUGCCGACCCUGUGUUUGAUGAAAAACAGGAUACUGAUGAUCAAAUCCUUGAGGAAAACAAGCUUUUGGUUUUAAACGAAUUGCAGCUUAGCCUGUUUGGUUCUAAAGAAGUUUUAUUAGAUUUUGAAAAUGGAAACUUAAUGCCAAAUGUACCACAUUCUUCCUCAGAUUUGACUCCUGCUAUACCAUUUGCUUCUAAAACAAUGGAAAAUUUGUUAUGCACUUUACAAGUUCAGGAUUUGCCUAUGAGUGUAAGCAUCCCUUCUGUUGUUGGCAGUUCAGUGACAGCUGGCAGUUGUAAAUCUACUGAUGCUGUGGGUGAAAGGGCUUGUUCAGUUAAAAAGGACGUUUCUACAAAUCAAACUAUUGGUUUGUCAAGUGAUGUAACUGAAAGUAUGGACCAAAGAGUUGCAAUAUUAUCGUUGAAUGCUCCGCAUGUGCCAAUGCCUUUACUCAGUUGUGAUUCAAAGUCAAAUCAAUCACAAGGAACUUCUGACAGUCAGAGAGAUGGAAUGUCUUUGUCUGUUAGUUCUAAAAGGACAGAAUUUGCAGUGACAUCUGAGAUCAAUUCAAAUCUAGCAGCAGAAUCUGUUGAAUCAUCUGAUGAUGACUGUGUAGAGAUAUUCAUUGGAAGAAGCAAAAGGAAAAGAAAUAGCCAUCAGUCAACUCAUCCGUCACCAAAGAGGGUUAGAGAUCAAGGUUCGUCAAGAGGCGUAGUCCAGCCCAUAGGUGCUUCAACAAGAGUGAAUGCUGCAACAAAGAGUGUUCAAGUGAAGACAAUUUUAAAAAAGAGACUCAAGAAUGCCAAGACCUCAGAAGACGAUAAGACAGAGUACAGUCUUCUAGAGGGGAACCUUGCCAGCUGUAUGAACCUGGGACCUCCAGAUAAUGACCAGUUUCUCUACUGUGGAGAACGCAAGAAGGAGUUUGACGCUGACUUCCCUGUCAAUGGAUCCUAUAACUACAUACAAGACAAAGAGGUGCCAGAAGGGGACCCUCUUAAAGCUGACCAUACAUUGCCAGAUUGCCUUGAAAUCAAAACGUCCAAAAUAGCUGGAGCUGGUCUUGGAGUGUUUUCAAAAGUGGCACUGGAAUCCAGGGUCAUCUUUGGACCGUAUGGUGGCGAUAUCAUCAUUGAAAACCAUAGGUCAGGAUAUUGCUGGCAGAUUUAUAAGGAAGGCAAAGCGAGCCACUUUGUGGAUGCCCAGAACAAGGCCACCUCUAACUGGAUGAGAUAUGUUAACUGCCCAAUGAAUGAGGCAGAUAAAAACCUUGUAGCAAUCCAGUAUGAAGAAGGCAUCUAUUACUGCACAUGGAAACCAGUUUCAUCAGGAGAGGAACUGCUGAUCUGGUACGGAAACGAAUUUGCCAGAGAACUUGGCCUGAUAAGAGACGAUAACAUGUUGUCGAGUAAAAACAAUGGUACACACAUGAAAUUAUAUAGAGAAAAAAGACGGUACAAGUGUGAAUUGUGUGAUUAUGCAUUCAACAAAAAGGGUAACUUGAAGAGACACAUGAUGAUACAUACACGAGAGAGACCGUAUAAGUGUGAGGUGUGUGAUUAUGCAUGUAACAAAAGUGGUACCUUGAAGACACACAUGAGGAUACAUACAGGAGAAAAACCGUACAAGUGUGAGUUGUGUGAUUAUGCUUGUAAAACGAGUGGUAAAUUGAAGAUACACACGAGGAUACAUACAGGAGAAAGACCGUACAUGUGUGAGGUGUGUGGUUAUGCAUGUAACCAUUGUGGUAGCAUGAAGACACACAUGAGGAUACAUACAGGAGAAAGACCGUACAAGUGUGAGGUGUGUGAUUAUGCUUGUAACACAAGUGGUAAAUUGAAGACACACAUGAGUAUACAUACAGAAGAAAAACCGUACAAGUGUAAUGAGUGUGGUUAUGCAUUUAAAAGGAGAUAUAAAUUGGCAGAUCACAUGAGGAUACAUACAGAAGAAAGACUGUAAACGUGUGAGGCUUGUGGUUAUGCUUGUAAAAAAAAUUGUAACUUAAAGACACACAUGAGGAUACGUACCGAAGAAAGACCGUAAAAGUGUGAGGAGUGUGGAUAUGCAUGUGGAACAAGUGGUAGCUUAAAGACACACAUGAGUGUGCAUUCAUACUCAAGACCAUACAAGCGUGAGGUGUGUGGUUAUGCAUGUAAAAGGAGCGGUAACUUGAAGGCACACAUUAGGGUACAUACAGAAGAGCGAGUGGGCUUAAAAUAAUUAUAGUAGCCUAGGGGUCAAUCCAAAGUUUAUGUUUAAUUAAUUAACUGUUUUAACUAAUACCUAUUACUAUCAGUGUGAAAAGUAUUUUGACACAAUUAAAAAUCAUAGUGUUAUUUUUAACCAGGUUUUCAAAGGAAAAAACUGGUUAUUAGAUUGGCGAAUGUCAGCGGGCGGGCCAUAACUAUGUCGUUCAUUGUGAGAUUUUAAAAUCAUAUAGCAUAUUUGUUCACCAUCAUUGGACGGUGUGUCGCGCGAAAGUAUUAAAUCAAUAUUUCCAAGGUCAAUAUCACACUUUGAGUUCAAAGGUUAAAGACAGUCGUAAAUUAGCUUGUCUGGGCCAUAGCUAUGUGGAUCAUUGUGUGAUUUUAAAAUCCGUUGGCACAUUUGUUCAACAUCUUUGGACGUUGUGUCGCACGAAAGAAUAACGUAAAUAUCUCCAUGGUCAAGGUCACACUUUGAGUUCAAAGGUCAAACAUGGCUAUAAAUGAUCUUGUCUGGGCAAUUACCAUGUCAUUUAUUAUGACAUUUUAAAACCAUUUGGCACAUUUGUUCAUCAUUUUUGGACGAUGUCCAUGCCAUAACUAUGUCGUUUUUGUAACAUUUUAAAAUCAUUUUGCAUAUUUGUUCACCAUUAUUGGAUGGUGUGUCAUGCGAAAGUAUUACGUCGAUAUCUGCAACGCCAAGGUCACACUUUGAGUUCAAACGUAAAAAAGGCCAUAAACAAGUUUGUCGGGGCCAUAACUAUGUCAUUCAUUGUGAGAUUUUAAAAUGAAUCUGUACAUUAAUUUUGUUCACAGUUAUUGGACGGCGUGUCAUAAGAAAGAAUUUAAUAGUUUAAAGGUCAACAUGGCAAUAAAAGAUAAUUGCAUAAUAACUUUUAAAAAAUCCCCAUAAAUUAGCUUUCUUGUUUUGUGUAGACAGCAUGCAAAAUAUUCUGUGUCAAUGCAGCAUGUGGGGGUAUGCAUCACGUCUGUGAUAAAGCUCGCUAGUCAUAAAUAUAUUUAUUUGAAAACUUGGCUUUGUGACAAUUAUGUCCCUUGUUUAUAUUUCUACAGACUCAACUAAGUAGAUCAAUAGGUAUACAUGUCAUAAAUGAAAUAUUGAGUGGUAGAAAAUUGCGAUCACAUGUGAUUCUAAAGGAAAUUAAGUGCAAGAACAAAUUGUUUUUAAGUUCUUAAGAAUACUGUAUAACCAUAAGCACUCGAUCCUCAGGAAGAAGUUUCGUAGUUUAAAUAAAAAGAAUAUUUUGCCAACAAUUUAAUUUAAUUCGGUGAUUUAUGACUAUGACAAAAAUGCGCCGAUAGUGCCGUUUUCCUUGUAAUAGUUGUCCACAAUAAAUCACGGUAGGGAGAGGCGGUUAACUUAGUUGUCACUUGCAUGAGGUCGAACUAUUAACUUUGUCAUUUGUUAAAAGGUUAUAGUAACUUGAUCCUCAUAUGCCAUGCUAUUUAACUAGUUGAUUGUUAUAAUUCGCGGAUAACUGGUACUGAAUGACUGUAAAAGGGAUCUUUUCACGUUUUGGUAAAUUGACAAAAUUGAAAAAAGUUGUUUCAGAUUCGCAAUUUUUUGUUAUAGUUAUGGUAUUUGUGAGAAAACAGUAAUACUUACCAUGGUCUAAUAUAGCCAUUAUAUGCAUCUUCUGACGAUUUAAAAACCAGAAAAUUAUAAAGCGUUGCGACGCGUAACGAUUGAAUAAUUUUGAGAGUUAUGUUGUUGUCGUUUAAUUUGGUGAAACUACGAAGAUUACUUAUAUAAAGUAUAAAAUAUAUUUAUUAUGCAUACUUGGCAGGAUUGCCGAGCGGUCUAAUUGGUUUAUACUCCAGGACUCCGGGGGUCACUGGUUCGAGCCCUGCAAACCCUGCUGCGGGCUACUUUUUUCUUUUUUACAUUUUAUUCUUGUUUUUUUACUUGAGCUUUUUAGAUACAAUGUUGACAUUUAUCAGUGUAAAGCAUUUAAUGACAAACUUCAAAACAUGCCAAAAUCUGUGACAAGGACCCUUAAAGGCGUGGAUGGAGCGACAAUUUCCAAUUAGUCUUAUUCAAAUACAGUCAUUGUAAAACUUACCAUAAUCUUAUCUUCAUUAUCAUCAAUUUUAGAAGGCGUGAAUAUUAUGGAUUGAAAUUACUAUUAUUUGUGUAAGCAAAUUAUAAUGUUCAGUCUGCAACAUUCAUGAACAACACAAAGCACACAAUUGGUAAUAAAUUGAUUUACAAUUAGUGCUAUUUUUAUGUCCCCCACUAUAGUAGUGGAGGACAUAUUGUUUUUGCCCUGUCUGUUGGUCGGUCUGUUGGUUGGUUGGUUGGUUGGUCUGUUGGUUGGUUUGCGCCAACUUUAACAUUUGCAAUAACUUUUGCAAUAUUGAAGAUAGCAACUUGAUAUUUGGCAUGCAUAUGUAUCUCAUGGAGCUGCACAUUUUGUGUGGUGAAAGGUCAACGUCAUCCUUAAAUGUCAAAGGUCAAAUAUAUGGGUUAAAAUCGCUCAUUUAAUGUACACUUUUGCAGUAUUUCAAUAUUCAUGAUAGCAACUUGAUAUUUGGCAUGCAUGUGUAUCUCAUGGAGCUGCACAUUUUGAGUGGUGAAAGGUCAAGGUCAUCCUUCAAGGUCAGAGGUCAAAAUGAUGUGGACAAAAUUGCUCAUUUUAUGAGUAAUUUUACAAUAUUGAAGAUAGCAACUUGAUAUUUGGCAUGCAUGUGUAUCUCAUAGAGCUGCACAUUUUGAGUGGUGAAAGGUCAAGGUCAUCCUUCAAUGUUAGAGGUCAAAUAUAUAUGGCCCAAAUCGCUUAUUUUAUAAAUACUUUUGCACUAUUGAAGAUAGCAACUUGAUAUUUGGCAUGCAUGUGUAUCUCAUGGAGCUGCACAUUUUGAGUGGUGAAAGGUCAAGGUCAUCCUUCAAGGUCAAAUAUAUGGGUCAAAAUUGCUCAUGUAAUGUCACUUCUGCAAUAUUGAAACUAGCAAUUUUAUAUUUGAAAUGCAUGUGUAUCUCAUAGAGCUGCACAUUUUUAGUGGUGAAGGGUCAAGGUCAAGGACAUCCUUCAAAGUCAAACGUCAUAUAGGGGGACAUUGUGUUUCACAAACACAUCUUGUUUUAAUGCUUACGAUUCUACAAAAAUGUAGUCAACGCUAUCGAUGCAGUUUUACGUUAUUAGUGCUUAACAGGAUAUGUCGUCUGUCUUGUCAGAAAACAAUUUAUUGUACUCUUCUUUGAGUAAUACUAGUAACUGGAUUUAUCCAGAUUGCGAAACAGGCAAAGGAUGUAAGCGUACAUUUUGUUGGUUAAAAUUAUCCUUGGGUUACACUAGUUCUAAAAUGUUCAAAUGAUUUUAGUCCACUACAUGUGUAGAUCAUCCGAGAUUAACACGUAUUUUAAUAAAAACAUCAGAGAUCUCUAAAACCACGAGGUCAGGGCUUCAUAUAAUAAUUGGUUUGUAACAAAAACAUCGCCUUCUGGUCCUCAACUAAAAUGUUCAAAUCGUGCCUCUGGGGUAAAAAAUAGCAGUACCCGAGUUAUUUCAUCAUUUAUAUAGACUUGCGCAAUCUAGUCGGGGCCUGUCAAGUUUUAAGUCAGGCAAGGUGUCAUGGUUUCAUUAGCUGCUAAUACGCAGACCGGUCUGUAGCUAUAAUGGCCACAUAGCAUUAGAUCCUUUUUUGUUCUAUAUGGUGCAAUUUAAUAAUAAAAUACAAAAUACACGCAAAUCAAGUUAUUGUUUGAAUGGAUGGAUUCUGGAAAGUGAGCGGUAUUUAAACGAAAAAUAAAAAGAAUUAAACGCCGAAAUAUACCUGUCUCGGAAUGGAUGUCGCCUUCUUGUUUGUCACAUGGUUGCCUUCUCUGAUGCUGGGACACGCUAAUAAUUCUCACAUAAUGCUGCAUAAGGCGCGUAAGGACCUCAUAAACUUGAAAUAUACACACUCGACUGAUUCCCGGGGACUAACACUUGAAUAAGGCUCUAUAUAAGUAAUGAUUUCAUCCCCUAAUUGCAAACAGGCUAGCAAGCGUAUUUAAUGGGGCUUUUAACAGUUUGGCAAAAUGACAAAUUCAUAAGAAUUCUUUUAUGGAUUUGAAAAGACUGCCAAAAUGGCACUUUUGACCAUGAGAAAGACAAAUGUUAGCAUAUUUCUUUUAUUCAGCAAUCGCCAUCAUUCGAAAUUAAAAACAAAACAGGAUACAAAGCAUUUGUAAUGCUCUUCAUUGGUAUGUAAGCCCAAAAGUGUAUUACGGACAUAGCGUUUUAACUAACAUUCAAAUAUAAAUGUCUGCGUUCUUUAAUGAUAGCACGUUCUCAUUGGUUUUAUUGGUGCCAUGUUCUUACUUCAUGGUAGGUACUUGUUAUUUCAUGUCACAUUGACAUCACGUUUGCAUGUAUAAGUCGAGCAUGCAUGUGGAGUUCUACAUAGUGUUACGUUUUUUUAGAACACCAGUUUUCGCGUUUAUAUUUUUUAUAUAAGUAGAUAAUAAAUGAAAUAGUUCGUCGCUAUGGUGUUACAGUGGCAUCAAGCUCGUGAUUUACAAUAUCACGCAGCAACUCAUGCGACACACACUCGUGUAAUAUUUACUGUACACUUAUUUCUUAAAAUAACAUUAUCUGACAUCACAUUCAAUGGUUGCUUAACCGUACUGAUGGACUCUUGGAAAAAAGCCAAUCCAGAACACUGCAGUUAGGUCUCACUCUCGUCGCGCCUGCAUGCAGAAACGCGAUAUUUCAGCGACAAUGGUCACGUUUAUGUAUGUGCGUGUUUUCAUGCAUGUGUGCGUGCUUCCGAACUUGACCUGACUUAAAACAACUUACCAUAAAUGUUCUCAAUCUGAAGACGAUGUACUGCGUGGAACUCAAGGGACCAGGUAAAACGAAGAGGUCAAGGGUCAAAUUUGGCCAUAAAACUUCUUUUCGGGACCGGAACAGCGUCGUUCGUUAUGAAAUUUUUAAACCAAGAUGGAAUGUAGCUGGUAUUUAUUUCAUUAGAUAAUGUCUUUCACAAUAGUAAUGAAUUCGCUGUAAUGUAUUUGAAAUAGCGCGUUAUUAAAUUGUGAUGGAUAUUGUGUUGUUGGCUUUAAUUUAAAUAAAGAUGCUACACGCUUAA